AAAACCAAGUAUUUUGGAUUACAGUCUGAUUCAGUAAAUUGUAUUAUACACUAAGGUAAAGAAAACUUACCAGUCAGUGAAUAAUGCUGAAUAAAGGGAGAGUCUUGGAGGUUGUAUUACAGUCUGAAGUAAAGUUGGAUACAGUCUUCUUAUGGUGGGGUAAAAUCUUUGCCAUUAUGUUGGAUACUUGCUGUUAUAGUGAUUUGUUUUCAGUUGGUUUGCUUAAAUUUUGAGCAGGGUUUUUCCUUUUGUGCGCUGCUGAGAAACAGUGCAGCCAAAUGUGGGGGUUUUUUGCCUGUGCAAAAUGCACAUUCAAGUGAAGAGGGAGAUUUGUCUAUAAUAUGCUGAUCUGUUUGAUUAAACAUACCUGGUCUUCCUCUUUGUAAAACAAAGAACAAACAGAACACCUUGAGAUUUGGUGACCUUUCUGAUGCUUUCCCAGUCUCUGCAAAGUAUGCUCUUGUUUGGCCAUGUUAAGUGUUUGAAAAGGGUUUUUCAGAGGGUAUCCUAGAGGGGAAUGAGGCAGGCGUCCUGCUUGUGUUGGGCAUACGGGGCAGGGGCUGCACAGGGGGGUCUGGCGUCCUCUGGAGCACGUGAAGGGACAGUAUAGCAAAUUAUUUCCACCGCACACCCGGGCGUCACGGAAGAGGGACAUGCUUAAUUUUAACAGGCAAAGCACAGAAAGCCUGUUGCAAGGUGGUAGUAGUUGGCCGAUGAGCUUGGGAACAGGGAGGGUGAGACGGGUGGUGGCUGGCUGAGGUGCUGCUUCCCCCUUCUGAGAGGAGGGGUCUUUGCCGCGGGAGAAAAGGGCCUGGCUAAUACGACAGGAGCGUGAGGAGCGCGAUGGUCUCAGCCUGUUGGGACACCAAGGCUGCCAGGACCUGUUCAGAAGGCACCACGAGCCGAGGAGGCACAUGGGGAGGACUGUGACACAGGGCAGAAGCAGUCGGAGCUGUUGAGAAACAGAGCGUGGGGAGAGGGACUUGAGGGGACUGGGUAGGAUUAAGGCACGGUGCGGUUUUCCUGCAAGUUGGGUUCCUGAUUUCUGGGAUGAGGGAAGGAACAGACAGGUUUCCCUAAUAAAUCCUUUUCUUUGGACCUUGGAAUGGAAUUUAUUAUUUCUGAAUCUUGAGUGAAGAAAUAAUCCUCCCUUAGCCACUUCUCUGUGUGGUGAACGGUAAAAAGCUUGUCAUGUUCAUUCACAUUGUAUUAGCUUAGAUGGCCGGGGACUGUAAAAUGCCAGGCAGUAGAGAAUGAUGGAGGGAGGACUGGGUGAGAAAAAUGUUGGCAGUUUUAAUGUAAAAUGGUAUUAAAGCAAUAAAACUUGACAAAGUAAAAAUACUUUGUGACAAAUGCCAGCAGUUACAGAAAGCAAGCAGGCUAAAAGGUAAAAGCAACCCUAGUGCCCAGACAAAUCUAAUCCAGGAAACUGUUGUCUCUUAAGUCCUUCUAUUUUUCAAGAAGAUGGUGAUGCAGUGAACCUUUAAUUUAGUAACCUUUGAUUUUUAUUAGAAAACUCGCUUUCAAAAUGCCUUAUUUCUAUUACAUGAUGAGUUUGCAACAGAAAUUGCAUAGAUUAACUGUAAUAUUUUUUCUUGAUAAUCUUUCUGUCUAUACCUGUUUACGUAAGGAUAAAUAUAUUUUAGAAACUACCAACUUGAUAGAAAAAACAGCACAUGAAAAUCAGACUGAUAAAGCAGAAAUUUCACAUCAGGAAGCCCUAGCAGAAAAUGAGGAAUUGCACAGUGCUGACAAGCAGUUAAGUCCAAAACCUUGGGAGGAAAGAUAUGAAAGAAUGUGGGUUGAAAAUGAGAAAAGGGAAUUGAAAACAAACUUUAAAAACAUUACAGCAGAGCUAAAGCAGCUGUUUGGUGAAAUUAAUGAAACUGGGAAAACUACUUCUCUUGUGGAAGAAAUGUCAAAAGUUGGCUUCAGUGAUGAAUUGAAGAGUUCUCAUGUUGUUUCAUCUCAUGCAACAGAAUCAAGUAAUAACUUAGAAAGUAAAGUUGAAUUUGGAGAUACUAAACUUACACGAGGUGGAAAAGUACCCAAAAUGGAAAUUGUAAUUCCAACUCUUGGUGUCCUUUCUGAUCAAAAUAACUUAAAUGCAAACAUGGAAGAUACCUGGAGUACAGAUGAAGAAGACUGCACAAACAAUAUCGAUGAUACAAAGGUGCCUCUAGCAAAAGGAGAGGAAAAAAAAAUGCCUACUAUGGAAGUGGAAGAGAAUGAAAAUGGAAGUAGUAGAAAUGUAGUGGGAGGUCCUGAAUACUCCCUGAGAUACAGCUUAAAACCAAGUCUGUUGGAUGACAUUUCUAAUAUUAUUCCUACAAUAAGACCAGUUUCUACAUGUGAUGAAAAUGCACUUUUUGUAACAGAGAGGGAACUUGGAAAAGACUCUGGAUUUAAUGAUGAUGUUCCCAGGGACUGCUUUAUCGACAACAGAAUAGGAGAAACAGAAAUGGAAGGUCUUUUUGCAAAUGCUCAGCAAGCACAUAGCAUGCUGCAAAGGAAUCUUGAUGAAGAACUACAACAAGAUAUUGAAAGAUUUAAGGGUAAGGUAGGAAUGCUGCAAAUAGUAUUCCUGGCUUUGGAGAAAGAGAAGGUACAGCUGCAAAAAGAGGUAGUUCACCUGCUACUCUUUAUUCUUUAAUCUCUCUCUAUAUCAAUGGUCCUGUUCACUUUAGCUAUUCAUCAUUAAGGGAAGAUGCUUCCUUCAAAUUGUGUUUUGUUCUGAUGGAAAUAUGUUACUUGUGAAUAAAGAGAGCAGUGGAAAGUUUUCUUUUUCCCCAUUUUUGGAAAACAGAAUGCAUUCUUGUUCCAGUUUAACAAUAGGUGGCACUCGGUUCCAGCGUAAGUAAUUAUCACUUCAUUGCUAUAAAAAGAAAUCCAUACAAUUAUAUCCGUUCUGAUUCUGAAUCAAAGAAUGAAAAUAGCUUCUGAACAGGGUCUUGACUAAUAAUUCAUGUGCUGUGGUAUCUGCAUGGUGUGUCUUCAUUGCCUUUCACUAAAAUUCCUCUUUCCUGUGAAACCAUUUGUGUUUGUGGGUUUGGCAUCUUUUUUAUUUUCCUCCCCUUGUUAAGGGAGCAUUAUCCCCCCGCAGUUCCACUUGAUCUUUUUUCUGGUGUUGUUACAGCCAACAUUGUGCAGUCCUCCUAACUCUGUCCAUCAGUAAUGCUUUCACUUUUUUGUUGUUCAUGUUUUAAGAUAGACUGUUGUUUUCUUUCUAAGGGCUUUAUUUUUGUUAUCUUUAAUUGAGUGAAUUUGAAGUACUUUCAAUGACAUAAUACACUUUCAGUGUAAUUUUGUGAAAAUGCUUCUCUAAUUUCAUAUUAUUUCAGGGGUAAACCCUGAAUUAAUCAAUCUUAGAUGUGGUGUUUCUGUCUUCUAGAAAUAGUAAGAAAUACACAAAGCUUAACUUUCUU